AUAACGAAGAAACAGCCAUCAUCACCGUGUAACCAUGGGCCAAAAUACAUAAUGAUCCACCGAACUGAUUGUGAGAUACAGCUUCGAACGUUAACCAACACGGGCGCAUUAUGUCAAAACCUCUCGUCAGAACUGAGGUGACCUUCCUUUCCCGAAUGAGAGAAAGGGGAGCGAGGGAGCGAACAACUCCCAUUUCUUCCAUAAAUAUCUUGUAAAGGUCAAGACCUGUACGAAAACUUUCUUAGGCAAUUAGGUAUGAGCCGAUGCAUUUAUCUAGCGUUCAGCUGGCUCAUUACCUUCAGGCAUGUAAGCAGGUGACCACUGGUGAUUGACUGGGGACGAGUCGUCCCAGGUGCUGAGUUGUCCUGAUACCCUGUGAGAACAGCGCGGCCACACUGGAGUACCCGUCUUGUUUGGGACCGGUUUCGAACGCGUUAAUUCUCUAGUCCUACAAUCUACAAGCGUAGUGCCCAAGUUUGAUUUGUAAAGCUAGGAGAAAUAUUGCACUGUCUAUGGACUAACCAAGACAAUUCCUAGGUGGGGAUUCUGUACUAUGUAGUAACAAAUGUAUGUAGUGACGGCUCCACAGACACGGCUGCUCCAAUCUUACACAGGGACGCCCGGAGUUGAAUAAGAAUCUGUUACAAACCAUCCAAGCUAUAGCCGUAGUAUGGGAGGGAAAGCUGCCUUGCUGUUGGUGCUGUGGCCAUGGUGGCUGAUGACGUCAUUCGUCCACCUGGCAUCCACCGCCGCAAUGUUGCCUCUGACGAUCCUCGCCUCUUUGAUUCACGCCACUUUCGUCUUAACCACGCUGACUUACACACUACUUCACCAUGCCAUGCGUCCUGCUGGGUUCUUCUGGGCAUCAAUGUUGGAUAUAGUUGGGUGUCGUCAAGACAACCAUGAUGUGGAAGAUGAUAACAAUAUACAGAAGAGCCCACGGAAGUGUCUUCUACAGCAACUGUUAGACACCGGGAAGUGUGUGUUGAGUGCUCCGCUACGAAUGCCGGCUACAGUUUGGUUUGUGUCACGUCAUGGCUUAUGCAUGGCCACAAGCCUUGCCUUCUACUACCCUAUUGUUGUUCCUGUGAGGGCAGUUGCGUCAGCCGCGGAGAAGGCUGUCUCCAGGCUGGUGGGAUACCUAUGGUCUCGGGGACCAGGGCAGCAACUCGUGGUGCGAGAAGCGCUCCAAGAGGAGGUGGAGAGCGUCACAAAGAUGCUGGAGCACGACCGCGCACAACUGCUCCUACCUGCACAGCUCCACUUCCUGGCAACGCCUGAUAGCGUUGCAGUAAUGUUAGUAAUCGGAGGUGUCGUCAACAGCCUGCUGCACAGUGAGCCGAUCGCCAUCCUGGCGGCUUUGACCAUCUGGGUGGGCGUUAUACAGGCUAAUCUGAGCUGGUAUCUGGCCCAGGAGAAGGAGCAAAGGAACAGUGAGAGACGUCUGUCCCGACAUCUCGUGGCCGUGUACAAGAACCGUGUGCAGGGGGUCGUCCGGUUGGUGGCACAGCAGACUGACUGGGACGUUUCCGUCAUCAAGGAGAUCACCUGGGUAGAGAACGAGCGGUUUGACGUGCCAGGUACGCUACUGAACUUUGCCGAGACGCAGGUGGUGAGUCGAGGUGAGAUCCGAGCCAGCCUGUGUGAGCUGGAGAUGCGGAAGUUAGGAGUGCUGACCGCACACGGAUUCCACCACACACAGAAGGGGACCGCACUGAGCAUCUUCCCCGGGAUUGUGCUGGAGAACUACGAACUGUCCAAGAACGUCAAGUGCUAGUCUCCUACCAAUCCCUUUGGCAAGUAGAUAACCAUAAGUAGAUGACUUUUUUUGGCAAGUAGAUGACCAUAAGUAGAUGACUUUCUUUGGCAAGUAGAUGACAAUAAGUAGAUGAUUUUCUUUGGCAAGUAGAUGACAAUAAGUAGAUGAUUUUCUUUGGCAAGUAGAUGACCAUAAGUAGAUACCUUUCUUUAGAUGACCAUAAGUAGAUAACUUUCUUUGGCAAGUAGAUGACAUAAGUAGAUGGCUUUCUUUGGCAAGUAGAUGACAUAAGUAGAUGACUUUCUUUGGCAAGUAGAUGACAAUAAGUAGAUGAAUUUCAUUGGCAAGUAGAUGACCAAAAGUAGAUGGCUUUCUUUGGAAAGUAGAUGACCAUAAGUAGAUGACUUUCAUUGGCAAGUAGAUGAUCAAAAGUAGAUGGCUUUCUUUGGCAAGUAGAUGACAAUAAGUAGAUGAAUUUCAUUGGCAAGUAGAUGACCAAAAGUAGAUGGCUUUCUUUGGAAAGUAGAUGACCAUAAGUAGAUGACUUUCAUUGGCAAGUAGAUGAUCAAAAGUAGAUGGCUUUCUUUGGCAAGUAGAUGACAAUAAGUAGAUGACUUUCAUUGGCAAGAAGAUGACCAUAAGUAGAUGACUUUCAUUGGCAAGUAGAUGACCAUAAGUAGAUGACUUUCAUUGGCAAGUAGAUGACCAUAAGUAGAUGACUUUCAUUGGCAAGAAGAUGACCAUAAGUAGAUGACUUUCAUUGGCAAGAAGAUGACCAUAAGUAGAUGACUUUCAUUGGCAAGUAGAUGACCAUAAGUAGAUGACUUUCUUUGGCAAGUAGAUGACUUGAAGUAUAUGACUCUAUUUGGCAAGUAGAUACCCAUAUAAGUAGAUGACUUUCUUUGGCAAGAAGAUGACCAUAAGUAGAUGACUUUCUUUGGCAAGUAGAUGACCAUAAGAAUGUCCGUGCGUACAGCGUAUAUAUUGAGACCCAUUUUUAUGACCAUAAAGGUGGGUUCACACGCGCGUACAUACUAGUAUUCAAGUCCGUAUGAGGUCCUUAAGUGAGUCUGAGCCUCUACCAGUCAAAACAGGCCGCCGGAAAAAUAAUAGAAACUGGACAAAUAUAGCCACAUAACAUGCCAGCAGAGUCCGCUUGUCAACAACACUCCUCGGACAGCUAACUCCUCGGUCACAAUUCUCCCAUUUCUACUACUAGUAUUUGUCCAGCGACCUGCGGCCCCGGUAGAGGCUAAGAAUUCUACAUGGACCUCAUACGGACUUGCAUCUACUUGCACUUUGUCAACCCGCUCAAUGAUUAGUAUAAUGAUCGUUCAGACAGGCACAAUAUUUACUUUAACACUAUAAGUUAACAUUCAAUCGUUCAAGUCUGCCUGUCAUUAGAAAUGAAACCACACAAAAGUCGUAGUGACAGUCAAUAUAUCUAUUUUCCACUUCCCUCCAUUUACAUUGUAUCAGUAUUGUAGAGGAGCUUAACAUCUUUAAUAACCACAUAGCCAUACAUGUACACGAUUUUCAUCGCAUUUAGAGACCGUACGAAAAUGUAAUCAGAAGAAUAAAAAGAUUCUAUUGAUUAUGAUAUGAUAUAAUACAACAUGAAUACAAUAUAUACAAUAGACCAUUG